UAGAAUUAUGCACGGUUACGCAACACGUCUGUGCAGUUGUGUCUGCGUCCAGACUAAUUAAGCGCCUAGUCACUGCUAGCUAGCUAAGUCCAAGUCCAGCCAAUAUAGGUUGGGUGUUCCACGUACAACCUUGUGUCGGCCAUUGGACCAUUUUGUUGGACUGUCCAUCCACCAGUUAUUUUGUGGCCAUCCUCGCUUACCAUGUUGUCUUACCGAUGGGGGCCCUAUUCCAUCCCCGGUCCUCCCUCGACUCAGCCUACGUCGGAGCAUGCUGAACAGCAGGCUUCUUCCAACGGUUUCGAGUACUCUCCCCGUGCCUUUCUCUCACCCAACGAUGAGGCCAAGACGUGCCUCAUCUGUGGCGACCGUGCAACGGGUCUCCACUACGGCAUCGUGUCCUGCGAGGGAUGCAAGGGUUUCUUCAAGAGGAGUGUAUGUAACCGCAGGAUCUAUCGAUGCCUACGGGAAAAGAACUGUAUGAUGUCACGCCAGAAAAGGAACCGCUGUCAGUAUUGCCGACUCCUAAAAUGUCUGCAAGUUGGCAUGAACAGAAAAGCUAUUAGAGAAGAUGGAAUGCCAGGUGGACGAAACAAAAGCAUCGGCCCAGUAGAGUUAUCAGAUGAAGACAUCGAGCGUAUUAUGACCGGUGAGGAGUACGAACGGGAAGACAUGCUCGCCGGUCGAGUCCCAGGCGAUCAGACCAGCCCGACCCGGAGCGACGGCAUCUCGGACCAGUUCUCUCCGACCUCCAUGGGCAGCAACAACUUCUCACCCGAAGCAGCUGAAAGGUUCACCUUCAACGUGGACGGCCUCCGCGACCACUACAUCAGGCCCCGGAAGAAUCGCCGGUCCAGCUCUCAGAGCUCCGGUAGCUCCGCGAUUCCGACCCUCACCAUGCUGCCUGAGAUCGAGGUCCUGAUCAUUGCCGAGCCGGAGGAGACACUAGUCAUGCCUUGCAGCAUCUCCAAAGACCAACCAGCUGGCUACAAUGAGAUCUUUGAGCUGCUGUGCAUGCUGAUGGAUAGCCUGAUCCACCACCAGGUCCAGUGGGUCAAAAGGCUUCCCUUCGCCAGGAGGCUUCCCGUGCGUGAUGUCACGACAUUGCUCAGCAGCUGCUGGUGUGAGACCAUCCUCCUAGCGGCCUUGCACAGCCAACCACCGGCUAUCUUCAGUGAGCUUGGCGCCAUCUUGAGCAACUACAUCCCGAGUGAGGAUGAGCUUCGGAGAUUCGGGCAGACGGGCCUGGAGAUCAUUGACAAGACCACAGCUAUGGUGAACAAGUAUCAGAUGCUGCGAGUGAGCGUCCAGGAGUACCUCUGCAUCAAGACCAUUAACUUCUUGGAUCCAAACGCUGGCGAUCUGGUCGAACCCGCUAUGGUUGAAGAGCUCAGUCAGCAGCAUUACUACGUCCUACACGACCACGUUCAGCUCAACAACAACGCCGCCACCGACCGAUUUCGCGCCCUUCUUCUUCUGCUGCCCGACGUUCGAUUUUUGGCGCGAAAAAUCCGAGAUGUGUCGUUCGAUAACGCGCCGUUAUUGUUUAAGGCCAUCAUGCACACAUGCUGUGCAAAGAAACCAGGUCUCAUGACCCCAACGGUAACCCCUGUGGCGAUCCCAACGGCGAACCUUGACCAGGGAAGUUCUGACUAAUAUCUUCGGUUCAAAGGUCAGAGGAUACCAGGGAGAUGUUUUUACCUUUGCUAGUAAUAUUUGUUUAUUUUUAAGAUUCCGGGUUCUUCUUUAAGAAAGCAUUUCCUUUUUUAAUCGUUUUGAAUGUAUGACAGCGAAGUGUCAAAUCAAAAUAGAGACACUGCUUGGCCCAUGUGACUAUGAAUUAUUCAUAAGCGUGUCUGAAUUAUGUUAAUUUACUUCAUUAUUUUGCUCGAUGUAUUCACCGACGGAUGUUUCUGAAUAUUUAGUUGUUUAAAACAUAAUCAUAAUCAAAAUAUGCUCCAGGUAUUGUUUAGAAAUACUAACCUCCAGAUUUGUUUAUUUUUUUUAAAUAAAAAAAAAAUGUAAAAAUAUUAAUAACCCCCCCAAACUUUCAGUGUCUUUUCUAUAAAGAGGUGUGAACCAAAAAUGCCUGCGCUUUAAGUGCGAACGGAUCGUUUAACGAUUCGGAAUAGUCUUUAUAUUUAACACACAAAAUUAAUGUUAUAGAGUUAGCUCCUAUUUCAGAUAUCGAUUAAUUAGAGUAAAUAUAAAUUCUGUUUUGUAUGAAAGGAUCUUGCACAAUUUGGUUUAGUUUUAAGGAUUGAGAGAAUAGUGGCAUUAACUUGUUAACUGGUUGGGCCCUUUGAAAUCUAAGUGGUACAUGAUAAGCAACCGCGCCAACAAGGGUUGCCAUUUUGUUGGUAUUCCGUGAUUUUAUGUGUGAUUCUUGUUCUAAAUAUUACAAUUGUUCGAAAUGAAUUUACGUCUUGUCCAUGCUGAUAGCAAGGCAAGCGUGAACUGACGCUGAUUCCACAAUAGCAUAAAUCACGUCAAUUCCACCCCCGCUCUACACCAAUGAACUUUACAACCAUCAGUAAAUCAAAAAUGAAUUCGAUUCAUUCUUAUCGGUACGGUCCCGGUUCUCAAACGAACAACUCAACAAUU